AUGUCUCUCGCUCCGAGUCGAAAGCCCUCCUCAGGUCAGCGCAGGCGCUCAGUGGGCACUAGUGGCUGCAGCGGGCGAUAUUCCAGCGAUACAUCCAGUACCCACACUUACCCUGGUCGGGGUAGGGCAGUAGAGGGCAGCCCCACAGCCCGGACGCAUCCUAGCACACCCAGGCGUCACGCAAAGCACACAGCCUGCAGCGACAACCAUGGGAUCAGGCCCCCUACCCCGGAGCAGUACCUCACACCCCUGCAACAGAAGGAGGUGUGUAUACGUCAUCUGCGAGCCAGGCUGAGGGAGAAUGUGGAAAGACUACAACACAGGGACUGUGAAAUAGACCAGUUGAGGACCCAACUGUACAGGAUGCAGGAAGACUGGAUAGAAGAAGAAUGCCACCGUGUGGAGGCCCAGCUAGCCCUUAAAGAGGCCCGCAAGGAGAUCCAGCACCUCCAGGAAGUGGUAGAGUCAGUGAAGUCCAACCUUGGUGUCCGUGAACAAGAAGUCCACGACCUCAAGCCAUACUCAGGGUUGCAGGGAGCUCGGCCGGGGGGGAAGUCUCGCUCCUGUGGCUGUUCCCCGGCCAGCACUUUGACCCGCAGCACCACCUACACCCGACUGAGCAGCGAGGCUCUGCAGCUAGAGCGCAGCUCAAACGCUCCCGAGGCAAGUGGAGCGUCUCGUCCAGCAGGACAAACCCACCUAGUCCUGGAGGCAGCCCUCCUGUCAGAGCAGCUGCCACCCCAGGGCCACAUCCGAGGCCCCCCUACUGUGCCGCGCUCUUCCACCUACGAAAGGCUGUGCAGUGGGGGAACUGUAUUGCCAAUCUCACACUCCUGCCACACUCUAAGUAGCAGUAGCAGCUGCAGGUGCACUGGACACACCUACCUCCCCCAUCAUCACUUGUUUCUGCACUUACCUCAGGAGGAGGCCCCAUCAACAGCGGCGGCUCCUGCUGUCCCAGUCACUGAUCCCAUCCCCACUCCUGCUCCUGCAGCAGAGGAAAAGCCACAGGUCCGCUCCCAGGCCUGCAGCCCGACCAUGACCUGGCUGUGUGAGGACAGCGGUGCCGAAGAGCUGAGUGUCAUUUCUUUAGCCACAGCAGACAACACUCCUUUAGAACCACAUCUCUUUCCAUCCUCUUUACCCCCUGCGUCCCCUCCUGAGCAUUCGUACAGCUUUGAGCCGCUACCACCGGACAAAUCAGAGGAGGUAAUGGAGAUGCUAGCAGAGCCCCACACCUGCCAGCCACACCCUACAGCUCCACUGCCAGUGAGGCAGGAAGCUACGGUACUGGAGAUAGAGGAGGACAAUACGGAGGAAACUGAAGGAGCAAAUGAAGAUGGGUAUUCCCCUCAGCUGUGCCACUGGAGCCGGUACUUCCUCAUAGAUCUUUUGGCUUUGGCAAUGCCGGUGGUCCCAACCAUGGCUUGGUUGUGUCGAGGGGCACCACGGGACAUCAUGCCAGUGUAUCAUAUUGGCUCCCUGCUGAGAGGUUGCUGUGCCGUGGCCCUCCACUCGCUUCGCCGCCGGGGCGCAGGCAGGGGACGCAGGCCUACCAGCAUGAACGGAACGACAAUCUGA